AUGGUUCCUGCAGAUACAACUGUGGGACAAGUUCGUUUGGAUGUUCCUGUCAUUACAAUUGUCGUUACAAUGGCAACUGUUGUUACGAUUUCUGUGACCACUGUGCUUACAUGGAUUACGGAUACUGUGGACUUUACACAACAGGGAGAUGGAAGGAAAACACAGCUCCUUGUGGAAGCCCACACUGACAUGGGGAAAAUAUACAAACUUCACACAGAAUCAGUAACAGAUGGAUCAUGCGGCGGUUACCUCGAUGAUCCCAAUGGAUCUAUUACCAGUCCUGGCUAUCCAUACUCCUAUCCAAAUAAUGCAGACUGCAUUUGGUACAUAAGAGUAAACAGCACACAAGUAAUAUAUCUGCAGUUUACUGAUGUAGACCUCGAGGCUACAACAGGUUGCUCAUAUGAUUAUGUUGCAAUAUACAAUGGACCUACAACAAAUUCUCCUUUGCUUGCAAAGCUCUGCAAUGAACCAAAUGAACCUUUUAUAUCAUCAUCCAACAGUAUGACAGUUUAUUUUCGAUCAGAUUCCAGCGUAACCAGACGUGGUUUCACUGCAAACUACCACACUCUGCCCAGCAGUGAUGCAAUGUUGACCUGCUCAACAAAUUUUAUGGAAGUAAAAAUUGAUAAAUCCUACCUCAGUUUUCUGGGCUUUAAUGAGUCCAGUCUCUAUCUGAAUGAUCAAAGCUGCAGGCCAAUAAUAACAGCUAAUGAAGUGGAAUUCAAAAUACCACUUAAUCAAUGUGGUACAAUACGACAGGUAAACAAUGGCAAUAUUGUUUAUUCCAACACCAUCAGAUCUUCACUUUCUGGCUCCACUAUAAUUCGUACACAAUACCUGCAGAUCAAUAUUGGCUGUGAAAUGCAACAGGAUACAAUGGUUAAGAUAAUGUAUUUGGCAAAUGAAAACUCAGCAGCUGAAAUAUCUCAGAACAUAACACAAUCUGGCAUGUUUAGAGCAAGCAUGAUGUUCUAUGAAUCAUCAUUAUUUAACAGAACAGUGUCAGGUUCACCUUACUAUGUGGAUCUCCUGCAGAAUCUUUUCGUACAGGUUAACCUGAACAGUUCUGAUUCUGGUCUUAAAGUUUUUGUGGACACCUGUAUUGCAUCUCCUUAUAGCUUCAACUGGACAUCAAAGAGCUAUGAUCUAAUCAAGAAUGGGUGUGUGAGAGAUGAGACAUAUGAAACAUAUCCCUCACCAGCCAACAACAUUGCACGAUUCAGGUUCAGUGCCUUUAAAUUCCUGAACUCGCAUUCCUCAGUCUACCUGCAUUGUAAACUUGUGAUAUGUGAAGCUUACGAUUACUCCUCCCGCUGUUACCGUGGGUGCAUGUCUCGGCAAAAGAGAGCCAUGGUCUCUUCAAAGGGAAAUGUCGAUGUUAUGUUGGGACCAAUUGAACUCAAAAAAGAUUAAAAAUAUUAUGAAGGUUCAGGUCUGGAAAAGAAGUGGACAAGGCUGAUGAGACAAAUAUCCAAUCCAAUUUACCAUUUAUCCUGCCUCUGCUGGCUCUGUCUGUAGUUGUUUCACUAUUGGUUGC